AUGAUGACAUUGAUUGCAGAGCCGUUGACGAUAGAAACCUUCAGGGAAUACGGGUCGAUAAUCUCACCAGAUGAAGAGAUUUCUAGACUUCACAGCCUCAGGAAGGAUGCGAACCAGGGGACAGCAAUCAAGUUACUUCAAGUGAGUUCGGUGGAGAACGGGUCGAGUAGUAAGGUUCCUAAUUGGAACUUGUUUCGUUGCUUUCCACAAUCGCACCUGAAGAGAGCAUUUCUUCAAGAAUCCCCUCAAGGGGUUCCUCAUAAGAUUAAAGUCCUUGAAAAGCACCCGUGUAGUUCUCAGACGUUUGUACCCAUGGGGAGAGCGUCCACCGAAGUAGCAUACUUGGUAGUAGUGGCUAAAGAAAUCGCAAAUAAACCGGACCUGUCUACGUUAAGAGCUUUUACGUGUUUAGGCGGACAGGCUGUCACCUAUGGCCUGGGCAUCUGGCAUGCACCCAUGAUAGUGCUUGGUGAGCAGGAGCAUUUAGAUUUUGCCGUCUUGAUUUACGAAAGUCUGGAUCCGGAGAGGCCCGAGCGGGAUUGUGUGGAAGAACACUACGGCGACAGUGGCAUUUGCAUUACCGUCUAA